GGGGGACAGAAGAGAACAGUGGGUGCUGCCAGUGAAACUCCAGGAUGAUUACAGCGGCUCUCCCGCCAGAUGCAGAACCAUAUUCGGGUCGCCUUUCACCCAACGUCUCCGGAAGCUUCCCUGCGUCGUCCCAAGACUCCGCCAUGCCUGGCAUUCCUGCAGUGCCUGUGUCUUUCUCACCUACUGUCACCGAGGUCUCUUCAUCCCUGGUCCCGGGGGGUCAAAGCCCGUCGAGCUGCAGGCCUGUCUCACCACCAGCCCUCCUGCCUUCUCCGGCAGACAUUAGCAUCUUAGACAAACUCAUCAAGACGUGUCCCGUAUGGCUCCAAUUGGGAAUCACAGAGAGUAGAGCCACUCGCAUCCUGCAGGGAGAAACUCCCGGGAUAUUUUUAGUCAGAAGAGACAUGCAUAAGAAGAGGAUGAUCCUGUCAGUACGUCUUUUCAACCAGAAGAGCAGGCCACAAGUUCAGGACAUACCAGUCAAAGAGGAGAACUUAUGUGAGUUAAUGUAUCUGGAAGGUUCCGUCCUGGUCUUUGACGAUAUUUUCAAACUCAUCGCCUUCUACUGUGUCAGCCGAGAUAUUCUUCCAUUCAAACUGAGACUGCCAAAUGCCAUCGUCCAGGCAACAAAAUACGAACACAUGGAGAUUAUAUCAAGCCUUGGUUCAGAUUUCUGGGGCUCUUCCUUAAAUAGGCAUUGUGGCCUCGCUGCUGGGGGAGGGCACAGUGGCGAGAGAGACGGACAAGACUCACUGAGCUCAUACCACAACCACGGCAGUCGCGACUCCUGCGAAGUCGAGCCGCCUGCCAGAAGCGACGGCCUGUGGUACGUGAACCCCGUCCGGCUGGAGGAGUUCUACGGCGGGCUGCUCGCAGAUGUCUCCAUUGCUAGGAGCCAGAGCCUGACUUUGCCGGCUUCGCUGGACCAGAGCAGGCCCUGGAGGACGGCCCUACUUCCGCCACACCCUCCCCCCAGCUCCUCCUCCCAGCUAACUACAGCAAAAGAGGAAGAGGACUGUGGCGGCCAUGCAGUGACAGUACUGGGUGGCAGCUCAGAGACAGCCACAGCGGAGGUGGCAGAGGUGUCGUCUUUGCACUCAAGCAGACACCAAGUUUCUGAGUCGUCCAGCCUCUGGUUCUCUGAACUGCACUCAGAGAGUCCAUCUGAACAUAGGAAGGGUGGCGUGACUUCAGGCGAAGGGCUCGACGUGGCAACUAUCCCCUCCUUGUUACGUAUUAGCGGCGUGAACAACACUGAGGGGCCCUUUCUGGAGGACGCUUGGCCGUUGGUAAAGGAACCUGCAAGUUCAGCCAUGACUGACAGCAACAAAGGCCCUGCAAUCAGCCAGGACACAAGGAAGAAGGAAGCCCCUAUCCCUCCACCAAGGAAGAACAGAAACUCCCGAGUUCCAUUCUGCUCCACAAGGUCCACAAUGGUAGAAGAUCUGCAAAGACCUCAGAGGAACUCAGAACCAAUACCCCAGAAGUCUCCUUCCAAGAUGCUGCAGCCAUCUGCCUCCGUGAUGCCCUCCAAAAGCGCAGUUUGUUCUCUCGAGGGUGGGUCUUCACGUCUGGACCACGACUCCCCCUCUGCCAGCAGCACAGAGGAGGAAGCUGAUAUUGCCGUCAGACUGGCGAAGACCCAUAAGCAGAAUCCCACGCUUAUGAUCAACAAGGCCAAGAAGCGGCUGUCACGGGUCAACCUAUCACAGAUGCUCACAGGCCUCAUAUCUGCUGAGAAGAAACUCCAGCACCGGAUUUUGAACCUUGCGCAAGACAGAGACUCAUACUUCGGGAAUCUUGUACUGGACUACCGGGCAUUCACACUGGAAGCCAUGCAGAAGCGCACAUCCAGCACGGAGAUGCUGCAGGAGAUCCGGCAGAUGCUAACCCAGCUGAAGGGAUACCUCAUUCAGAGUACUGAGCUUCAGGCAAUCCUAGAGUCUUCAGUGUACCCUGAGGAGAAGUUAGAGUCCAUAAUAGAGACAACGCUGUUCAAGUGCGUUCUGAAACCUCUGCGGGAUGCGAUCUAUGCAAGGCUGUGGGACCUUCACACGGGGAAUAACUCACUGAUGAAGCUGCGUGACAACCAGCAGGUGGUGCUCAACACCACCACCACUGACCUGGGAGUUACCACCAGUGUGCCGGAAUCAGCCGAUGUGGAGAAGAUUAAAUUCAAGCUGGACAUGCUACACAAACAGUACUCCCCUGAAAAGAAAAUCUCUAUCCUGUUAAAGGCCUGCAAGCUUAUUUACGAGUCCAUGUCGGUCAGCUGUCCUGGACGGACCCUGGGGGCCGAUGACUUCCUCCCGGUCUUAAUGUAUGUAGUGGCCCAUAGCAACAUUACACCUUUAAUGCUGGACGUGGAAUACAUGAUGGAACUCAUGGACCCCGCCAUGCAGCUCGGAGAAGGCUCCUACUACUUGACAACAACCUAUGGGGCACUUGAGCAUAUAAAGAACUAUGACAUUAUGCAAAUGACCCGGCAACUUAGUUCGGAAGUGCAAGACUCCAUCCAUCGCUGGGAAAGGCAUCGCACCUUGAGCAAAAAGCGUCUGUCUGGCUCUCCUGUAGAGGACUUCGUGAAGGUAUCCUUGCUGGAGGCUGGUGCCAACACCAAGACUCUUGGCAUCCGAGCCAGCACUACCAUACAGGACCUCUGCAGACACUGUGCAGAGACAUUUGAGGUUGUCGAGCCCGAGACCUACAGGUUAUAUAUUUCGGUGGAUGGAAAGUACCAAAGCCUGACCUCAGAGGAACUUCCUUUGUCAGUGAAAUCCAGUUUGCACCACAGUGAGCACCGUGCAAAGUAUCAUUUCGUAUACCGGCCAGGAGUCUGUGAAUCUGAAGCUGAUGAUGUCCCCUGUUUCCUAUUGCCGAGCGGCAUCUGAA